AUGAUGCAAGCCAAGAAGAUCAAGUACGACGUCAUCGGACUGACCGAGACAAGACGACGUCACCCUCUCAACGCCAUAUAUGAAACUGGAGAAGAGCUGUUCUUAGGAACAUGUGACAGUAGAGGUGUUGGUGGAGUUGGCGUCCUCGUCAACACGAGUAUGGCAAAGAACAUCAACUCUUUCGAACAACUUACGACCCGAAUCGGACGUCUGCGGAUGAGAAGAUGUGGUCCAACACCAGCUUUGACUAUCAUCGUCGCUUACGCUCCAACAUCAAGCUACGAUGAAGAAGAAGUCGAAGCUUUCUAUAUGGACCUGGAGAAGAGAAGAUCAUGCCUUCUACAAGGUCAUAAUUGGCGAUUUCAACGCCAAAGUUGGCCCAAGAAAAACGCCGGAGGAACUUCACAUCGGAACCCACGGCCUACAAUGGAAUGA